CGUCGAACAAACCAAAAAUCGCGGGACAAAAAAAUCACCCAAGGGGAAGAAAAGAAAGCAGCCGCAGGCAGGAGGAAGAAACUAUGGAGGAAAACAAGGGUAAGAAGGCGAUGUCCAAGGCAGAAGCGUCCCAAGUGUUCGCUUCCUGCUCCUUCUCCAGUCUCGGCCUUCACCCUAACUUGUGUGACCAGCUCCGAGAUAGAAUGGGGUUCGAAGCUCCUACACUCAUCCAGGCUCAGGCAAUACCUGUUAUUCUCUCUGGCAAACACGUUCUUGUUAAUGCGGCCACAGGAACGGGGAAGACUGUUGCAUAUUUGGCUCCAAUUAUCCAUCACUUGCAGGAGUAUGAUCCUCGAAUUCAGCGGUCAGAUGGAACUUUUGCGUUGGUUCUUGUACCAACGCAUGAGUUAUGCAUGCAGGUAUACGAAAUCUUGCAAAAGUUAUUGCACCGCUUUCACUGGAUUGUCCCGGGCUAUAUAAUGGGUGGUGAAAAUAGGUCGAAAGAAAAGGCCAGGUUGCGUAAAGGCAUAUCUAUUCUUGUUGCAACUCCUGGGCGCCUUUUGGAUCAUCUAAAAAAUACAGCAUCAUUCGUGUACUCAAAUUUGCGAUGGAUAAUAUUUGAUGAAGCAGAUAUGAUUCUGGAAUUAGGAUUCGGUAAAGACAUAGAAGAGAUACUUGAACUGUUGGGUUCCAGGCAAAACAAGUCCGUUAGCAAGGAGAAGCAAAUUUCAAAAAUUGCUGAAUUUCAGAGACAAAAUUUGCUUUUGUCAGCUACACUAAAUGACAAAGUAAAUAAUCUUGCUAAAAUAAGUUUAGAAAAUCCUAUAAUGAUUGGUCUUGAUGACAAGACGUUGCAAAUAAGUCCGUCCCUUGAAGGUUUGAAAUCUUUUGGAUCUGAUGUGGAGAAUGAGUUAGAGGACUUGGAAAAGAUAGUUAGAUCCUCAAAUGAUGAGUAUAAGCUUCCAGUUCAGUUAUUUCAGAGAUAUGUUAAAGUGCCCUGUGGUUCGCGACUUGUUGCCCUUCUAUCCAUUCUGAAGUCUCUUUUUGAGCGAGAAUCAUCCUAUAAGAUUGUGGUGUUCUUUUCAACAUGCAAUGCUGUUGAUUUUCACUAUUCACUGCUCAGUGAAUUCCCAUCGCUUUCCAAAAUGCAAUCAGAAGCAGAAGUUUUGCAACUAUUUCUGAAAUGCAAAUUGUUUAGGUUACAUGGAAACAUGAAGCAUGAGGACCGUAGAACUACAUUCCAGUCCUUCAAAACAGAGAAAUCAGCCCUUCUCUUGUCCACAGAUGUUGCUGCUAGAGGGUUGGAUUUCCCAAAAGUUAGAUGCAUUAUACAGUAUGAUUCUCCAGGGGAAGCUACUGAAUAUGUGCACAGAGUUGGAAGAACUGCUCGCUUGGGGGAAAGGGGAGAUUCUUUGUUAUUUCUACAACCAGUUGAGAUGGAUUAUUUGCAAGAACUGGAGAAACAUGGCGUGUCACUAACGGAGUAUCCCCUUCUCAAAGUGUUCGAUAGUUUUCCGUUAUAUAGUCAGAAGCAAAAAGUCAAAAAGUUUAUUUCUGUAGAGAUGCAUCCCUGGGUGCUUAAUUUGCAGAAGACACUUGAAUCCUUUGUCACAGCAGAGCCCCAGAGGAAGAAGUUGGCUAAAGAUGCAUUUUGUUCUUGGGUCCGUGCAUACACAGCCCAUCGUGGUGAACUAAAAAGUAUUUUCAUGGUGAAAAAACUUCACUUGGGGCAUGUUGCGAGAAGUUUUGCUUUGAAAGAACAACCCUCGUUGGUUGGCCAAUCGUUUCAAAUUCAGUCAAAGAAGAGGAAGAGGGAUCAAAAUCAAAAGGAACUAUCAAAAAAGAGGAAGGGUGCCAGAAAAUCAUGAUUUCGGGCCACAAGGCAGAUUGCUUGCCAUACGUCCAGUGGGCAGGUUGCAGAGUGAUACAUAUAUUGCCCGGAAUUCACCAGUUUUGGCUGUUCUGAGUCGGUGGAUGGCGUGGGUCAUUUGCUCAUAUGCUGCAUGAGGGGCGGCAAAAGACGGCAAUCUUGUAUUGUAUUUUCAUUGUGACUGAAUCACUUUGGUCUGGUUGUGUACUUAAAUUUAUUGUUAAUUGCAGAGUCAUAGAUCAUUCUCAGUUUUAACUUCGAUUUUGAAAUGCAAAUUUUGUACUAGCUCAA